UUGGUGGGUGACUGGACAGAAGGUUCUUGGCCCUGACAGGACAACCUGUGACCUUUGGCUUUCAAAGACCUUUCAUCAAAGGCUUCAAAGUGUAAAGUACCUUAGCCAUCAUUAAAUGAUAUUAUACAAUCAUAUCUAACAAAUGUAGCAUCCAGGUGACAUGUAAGGGAUAUGUGUCUUUAGGUACAUUUUUUCGGUUGUGUAACUCUUCAAAGCACAUGUUGUCCCGCCAUGGUAGAAGAGUUUUAUUCAAAAUCAAACAAUAACAGAAAAAGCCUCUUUUGGGACAUGGGGAACGACAAAGACAUAUCCCCCGCCCCCAUCCUGCGUUUCCUUACGUCAUUGGCCUACAAUGCCGAGUACUGGGAGCUCAUUGGCUGUUAAGAAGCGCCCGUCAUCUUUGAGGCGAGUUCCGUUGCUUCGACAGGGGAAGCACAAGCAGUUCUCGGCUCAGACAAGUGUCACCCGGCCCGGGUUCACACUCCCACAUCUACCGGUAAAUACGGAGACCAAAGCUGGGGGGAAAGAACCGGUGUGAGGCUGGUGAAAUGGAAGAACCCUCGGAACAAAUGAGACCACUCUUGAGAAGCGGUUUGGACGAAGAGGCGAUAGUGGACCAUGGAAAGUCGAGCUUCACCACGCACACAAACUACGAAAAGGACGAAUUGGAAAGCCACAGAGCAGUGUACGUAGGAGUUCACGUUCCUCUCGGAAGAGAGAGCAGACGACGGCAUCGUCACCGAGGACACAAACACCACCGCAAGAAGAAAGAGAAAGAUGAGGAAGGAAAGGAGGACGGCCGGGAUUCCCCGUCAUACGAUACACCAUCCCAGAGGGUCCAGUUCAUCUUGGGCACAGAAGAUGACGACCUUGAGCACGUUCCUCAUGACCUUUUCACCGAGCUGGAUGAGCUGUCAUUUAGAAAUGGCAGGGCCACAGAAUGGAGGGAGACUGCCAGGUGGCUAAAGUUUGAGGAGGAUGUGGAGGACGGUGGGGAGAGGUGGAGUAAACCCUACGUGGCUACUCUGUCUCUGCACAGUCUGUUUGAGCUGCGUAGCUGUAUUCUGAAUGGUACCGUCAUGCUGGAUAUGAGGGUCAACACUAUCGAUGACAUCGCAGACAUGGUGAUCGACAGCAUGGUGGCCUCCGGUCAGCUGAAGGAGGAUCUGCGGGAGAAGGUGCGGGAAGCCAUGCUGAAGAAACACCACCACCAGAACGAAAGGAAACUUAGCAAUCGCAUCCCUCUGGUGCGCUCCAUUGCUGACAUAGGCAAGAAACAUUCAGACCCGCUCUUGCUUGAGAAAACGGGAGAGGGCCUGUCCUCUUCACGUCUCUCUCUCCACAAGCCCGGGGCGUCAUCUUCUGCCUCCACCCAGUUCCAAAGACAAGAGUCCAGAAUGUCCAUGCUGCUCAACCACCUUCUACCCUCUUCUUCCUCCUCUGGCCACUCGCCCCUAAGUACCCCACAAAAUACCCCCACUUUCUUCCGUCGUUCCUCCCCCAGCCCGCCAAGCCCUCACGGUGGCCCCCAAGCCAUCCCUGAGGUGGUGGUGUCGCCUCCAGAGGAUGAUGAGCCUCCAACCUCCACAGAAGACGACGCGGCAUCGCCGGAGUUCCGCCGACAAGUGUCUUCGCCGACCCAGGGCAUUGAGCUGAUGCCCUUAGAAGGUUCAAUGGUGUCUCCCACCUCUGUCCCCCAAAACCUGGAUGGCAACAAGGCGGUGGAGAGGAGGCCGUCCAAAGUAGGGGUCAGUAGAGAAGGCAGCAGUGUCGACUUCAGCAAGGUGGAUAUGAAUUUCAUGAAGAAGAUUCCUCCCGGUGCUGAGGCGUCCAACGUGCUGGUGGGAGAAGUGGACUUCCUGGAGAAGCCCAUCAUUGCCUUUGUACGACUGUCCCCUGCAGUACUCAUCACAGGCCUCACUGAGGUGCCGGUUCCCACCAGGUUUCUUUUCCUGCUUCUGGGUCCUCACGGCAAAGGGCCGCAGUACCACGAAAUCGGCAGAUCAAUGGCCACACUCAUGACGGAUGAGAUUUUCCACGACGUGGCGUACAAAGCAAAAGACCGAACGGAUAUCCUUUCCGGGAUAGAUGAGUUCCUUGACCAAGUGACCGUCCUUCCUCCUGGAGAAUGGGAUCCCACCAUUCGGAUCGAGCCUCCCAAAAAUGUCCCGUCUCAGAUGAAGAGGAAGAGGCCGUCCCAGCCUAAUGGAACUGCGUCUCCUGCUGGAGAGCUGGAAAAGGAGGAGGACCAUCACACGGGACCUGAGCUGCAGAGGACCGGGAGGAUAUUUGGAGGUUUGAUCAUGGAUAUUAAGCGGAAGGUGCCGUUCUACUGGAGCGACAUCAGGGACGCGUUGAGCCUGCAGUGUCUGGCCUCCAUCCUCUUCCUCUACUGUGCCUGCAUGUCUCCUGUCAUCACAUUUGGGGGGUUGCUGGGAGAGGCUACGAAGGGCAACAUCAGUGCCAUAGAGUCUUUAUUUGGGGCCUCGAUGACAGGAAUUGCUUAUUCCCUCUUUUCAGGCCAGCCCCUCACUAUACUGGGCAGCACGGGGCCCGUCCUGGUGUUUGAGAAGAUCCUCUUCAAGUUCUGCAGUGACUACGGCAUGUCGUACCUGUCGCUGCGGUCCAGCAUCGGUCUGUGGACGGCCUUCUUUUGUAUCGUCCUGGUGGCCACAGAUGCCAGUACUCUGGUCUGCUACUUCACCAGAUUUACAGAAGAGGCCUUCGCCGCCCUCAUCUGCAUCAUCUUCAUCUACGAAGCUCUGGAGAAGCUGUUCCACCUGGGAGAGCACUUCCCUGUCAACAUGCACAACACUUUAGACAAUCUCACCCAGUAUUCGUGUCAGUGUUCUCCCCCGGCCAACGUCACACAGAAGAUGGAGCAGGACUGGAAUCAGACAGGAUACAGUCCAGACUCUGUUCCCUGGAGCAGCCUCAGUGUUUCAAUGUGUAAAAAGCUCCAUGGGCAGUUCGUGGGGGCCGCCUGUGGUCACCAUGGUCCCUACAUACCAGAUGUCCUCUUCUGGUCUAUAAUCCUCUUCUUCACCACCUUCUUCUUGUCCUCCUUCCUGAAGCAGUUCAAGUUCCAGAGAUAUUUCCCAACCAAGGUGAGAUCCACCAUCAGUGACUUUGCUGUGUUCAUAACCAUCAUGACCAUGGUGUUGGUGGACUAUCUGAUGGGCGUGCCUUCGCCUAAACUGAAUGUUCCAGACCGCUUCGAGCCAACUUCCAAGAACCGAGGCUGGCUGAUUAAUCCUUUAGGGGAUAACCCCUGGUGGACGCUGCUGGUAACAGCACUUCCUGCUCUGCUCUGCACCAUCCUGAUCUUCAUGGAUCAGCAGAUCACUGCAGUCAUCAUAAACCGCAAGGAGCACAAACUCAAGAAAGGCUGUGGCUAUCACCUGGACCUGCUGGUAGUGUCGGUGAUGUUGGGCGUGUGCUCCGUCAUGGGCCUGCCGUGGUUCGUGGCCGCCACCGUCCUCUCCAUCACGCACGUUAACAGCCUGAAGGUGGAGUCGGGCUGCUCCGCUCCCGGAGAGCAGCCCAAGUUCCUGGGAAUCCGGGAGCAGCGGGUCACAGGAUUCAUGAUAUUCAUGCUGAUGGGCUGCUCUGUUUUUAUGACCUCGGCGCUCAAGUUCAUUCCCAUGCCUGUGUUGUAUGGAGUCUUUCUCUACAUGGGCGUCUCCUCCCUCAAAGGAAUUCAAUUCUUUGAUAGAAUAAAGCUGUUUGGAAUGCCGGCCAAACACCAGCCUGAUCUGAUCUACCUGCGCUACGUGCCGCUGUGGAAGGUUCACAUCUUCACCCUGGUGCAGCUCUCCUGUCUGGUGCUGCUGUGGGUCAUCAAGGCCUCGGCAGCUGCGGUUGUGUUUCCCAUAAUGGUUUUGGCUCUGGUUUUUAUCCGAAAGCUUCUGGACUUCUUCUUCACAGCGAGAGAACUGAGCUGGCUCGACGACCUGAUGCCUGAGAGCAAGAAGAAGAAAGAGGACGAUAAAAAAAAGAAGGAGGAGGAGUCCAGACUUCAGGAAGACGAUGAGGCACUGAAGGUCGGCUACCAAGACCCUAACACACUCAACAUCCCAGUGAAGACGCUGUCUGGAAGAUCAUACAGAAUAGGACUAGUGACCCACAGCCUUCCAAAGGAAGAAGAGCCAGGAGAAGGUAGCUUGUGUUAGAGUGGACGUCAGCCCCGACACGCCGGGAGGAGGAUCCAGCGCCGAGACCUUCCUGUGAUGUCAUCCAUCUACAACUUUUUACCCCCAGUGGAGGGCACCAUCACGGUGGAGGGCAAAGAAGAGGAGCGGUGACUCUUCUCCUACCUUCAGAAGAGGAGGUGAACCUCCUGCAGGAGUCCUGCUUCACUCCAGUGUGCAGCCUGUGUUCAAAUAUUUGUAAAAUGUACUUCCUGAGAGCACACACACACACACACACACACCUCUGAAUGAUAGAGUUGUGCUGUGACUGCCCAUCGACGCGCUUUCAAAAAUGAAAUAUAUAUUUUCCAUAUCACUCAUUCAGAUGCCAAAGGACGGGGCCUCGCUGUCGGGUUUUUACUGUUUGACUGUUUUUGAUUUUAGUUUAUUUAAAUUUCAACUGGUUUUACAUUUCAUGGUUGUCGUCGUCAUCAUGGUUUCAGCUGGCCACCGCUUUGUACAUGUCUCAGAACAACAUACGUUUUUAUUCCGUGCUGUUUGGUUGUGUGUGUUCAUGUGUUUUCAUUCAUUAAACUCAACCAGCUUUAAACCC